UAUAUUAGGAAAAAAACCUCACACCACCCGAAGUCAUGCCCUUGUUUCAUAAUAUACUGUAAGCGACUACUCAAGCGGACGCCACGCUCAAGAUGGCGUCGGCGUCCUCCCCACCUCGUGCGGGAGACGCGCGCCGUGCGGGGUGACGUCACCGCGCGCUUCUGGGCAUGGGCAGGUGGGAAGAGCAGGCUAAGUUUGGCCCCUGUUAGGAGGAGGGAAGCGGGAGCAGGAGGCAGGCUGCUGUGCGUGGGAAAACUCGAAGGCAGGCUCCGGUCUCCUUCUUCUCCCUCCCCCCUUCUCUCCCCACUUCCCUGCCUUUUGGGGGGCCAGGCCUGCCAGCCUUCCCUUUUUCCUUUUUGCCUGUGCUGGGGGAAGCAGCUGCUGGUGCCAUGGCUGCUGAAGACUCCAGCUCCCUGCCCUGGUCCAUCAACAAAGAUGAUUACGAGCUGCAGGAGGUGAUUGGCAGUGGAGCAACAGCUGUGGUGCAAGCAGCCUAUUGUAGUCCGAAGAAAGAAAAGGUGGCAAUCAAGCGGAUCAACCUUGAGAAAUGCCAGACCAGCAUGGAUGAGCUUCUGAAAGAAAUUCAAGCCAUGAGUCAGUGCCAUCAUCCGAACAUCGUAUCUUACUAUACUUCCUUCGUAGUGAAAGAUGAACUCUGGUUAGUGAUGAAGCUUCUCAGUGGAGGGUCUGUUCUGGAUGUUAUUAAGCACAUUGUGGCAAAAGGAGAACACAAGAGCGGAGUGCUGGAUGAACCUGUGAUAGCCACGAUCCUGAAGGAGGUGCUGGAAGGACUGGAAUACCUGCAUAAAAACGGACAAAUCCACAGGGACGUGAAAGCUGGAAACAUCCUUCUAGGAGAAGAUGGCUCAGUCCAGAUUGCAGAUUUUGGUGUUAGUGCUUUUUUAGCCACUGGCGGCGACAUCACCCGCAACAAAGUGAGGAAAACUUUUGUGGGCACCCCUUGCUGGAUGGCACCUGAAGUCAUGGAGCAGGUGAGAGGUUAUGAUUUCAAGGCAGACAUCUGGAGUUUUGGAAUCACAGCAAUCGAGUUUGCGACAGGGGCGGCUCCUUACCACAAAUACCCACCCAUGAAGGUCUUAAUGUUGACGCUACAGAACGAUCCGCCCUCGCUGGAGACAGGUGUGCAGGAUAAGGAGAUGCUGAAGAAGUAUGGAAAGUCUUUUAGGAAGAUGAUUUCACUGUGCUUGCAAAAAGACCCCGAGAAAAGACCAACAGCUGCUGAACUUCUAAGGCACAAAUUUUUCCAGAAAGCAAAGAAUAAAGAAUUUUUGCAAGAAAAAAUGCUGCAGAGAGCCCCAACCAUCACGGAAAGAGCCAAAAAGGUCCGAAGAGUCCCUGGCUCCAGUGGGCGCCUUCAUAAGACGGAAGACGGCGACUGGGAGUGGAGCGACGAUGAGCUCGACGAAGAGAGUGAAGAAGGCAAAGCGGCAAUUUCACAGCUCAGGUCGCCCAGAGUGAAAGAAUCAUCACAAAAUUCCGAGCUCUUUCCGCCAGCGGAGCAGCCGGCAAGCCCUUUGCUCAACGUCCCGGCCCAGCCGCCUCAACUACCUCAGCCUGCAGGACAAGCACCCGCACAAACUUCUCCCGCUGUCCCUGCUCCAGCUUCUCAGGCACCUGCAGCAGGAGCUCCUCCACCUGCGCAGGCACCUCCUGCAACAGCCCCAGCGCAAGAGGAAAUGAAAGUCCCCAUCAGCCUCGUUCUAAGGUUAAGGAAUUCAAAGAAAGAACUCAACGACAUUCGAUUCGAGUUCACCCCUGGGAGAGAUACUGCGGAUGGGGUAUCCCAAGAACUCAUCUCGGCUGGGCUUGUCGAUGGCAGAGACUUAGUAAUAGUUGCUGCCAACUUACAAAAAAUUGUGGAAGAGCCCCAGACGAAUCGAUCUGUCACUUUCAAACUGGCAUCUGGCGUCGAAGGCUCCGAUAUCCCCGACGACAGCAAGCUGAUUGGGUUUGCCCAGCUCAGCAUUAACUAAAACGACACUCCCACCCAGACGAUGGUUCCCCCCCCCCAAACGGGUGCAGCCUUGAACGCUUCUGUCAGCCUGAAAAGCAAAACCACUACUGCCAAAGAACCAAACUACAGCUCCCUUUCUUAGAAGCUUUAACCUCGUUUGUUUCCCGAGUCGCAUCGCGGCGCCUCCUCACCGACACCACCAUUGCAGACAGCUGGCUUCUCGGCCACGUUUCCUUCAUCCCAGAUGUGCAGACCAAGCCUUCCAUUGCCUGCAUGUUUGUAGUUUUUUAUGAUGAUUAUUAUUAUUGCCUUAACUAUUUAAAGUACAAAAAAGAAAGAAAGAGAAGGAGCCAGAAAUACUACUGAGAGUACGACACGGGGCUUCCACUACUCUUAACAACUACCCCGGCGUGAUUCGUGUGCCUGUCCGUUUCUUGAUUCUAUGUCGAAUCAGGUUUUUAUCCCCCCUGUGUGGCUGUGUGGUUGUUGCUCCAUUGCAAAAGGGGGGUUGCUUCACUUUUGGGUCCACUUUACCAGGCAUUGGGGGGGGGGGGAAAUACUUUAAAAACUACAGGAAUGGCAAGCUAUUCUAGCAUGUCAGAAAUCCGGAUGGGCUCUUGCAAACCCAACAAAGUCUUAAGAGAGAGUCUUAAGCCUUAGGCUUAGCAAUAAACCAUUAAGGGAUCUUAUUUAAUGGGUCUACGGCACGAAAGAAAUGGAUUAGCCUUAAUUCCUCCUCGCCCCCUUCACAUUAAUGCAAAAUAGAGCAUUUGGGAAGGGGAACUAUCAGGGUAUCGUUUUGUUGCUGCUGCUUUUUUUGUUACUUUUCACCAUCCGCAAUCUUGUCAGGCCACUUUCCAACGUGUUUGUCUCUAGAGGAGGGGUGGUGGACCUUUUGUUGCCCCCACCUCCCAUCUGUCCUAUCCAGCAUGAGCAACAAUCAGGGGGGAUGGAAUUGUGGUCCAAAAGCACCCAGAGGAGGGUUGCGGGCUUCCCAUCCUUGCUCUAAAGCGCCAAGCCAGAAUUGCGCUGAGUCGAUCCUCUGCAUACUUCUGCUGCUGUUGCUGCCAUGCCCAAAUCACCGUUGUUUCAAAAGCGUUGGCUGCUGGGAAGUUUGGGAAGGCUGGCCUUUGCAAUCCCUGUUUUCCCAUCGGGGGGUGGUUUCCGUAACAACGUUUGUGAUGGGCGUCUCUUGCUGAAAGGAGAUUGGGUGGAGCAGUGGGACCGGAUAGCCCUAGAUAUUGGGCUGU